CUCAAAUUCAUCCCAAACUGGGUUUCCCCGAAGACGUUAGCGUGGAUGGGCGGAAGCAAGUUGUCUAUUGGACAAACUUUGUUUCUAACACUGCUGCUUAUGAAAUAAGAAAGUCGUACUAUAACGGAACAACGGUCGUAUUGAAAAGCUUUCCUGGAUCAUCAACUCACCUCAAACUUGCACAAGGUGAACGAUAUUUGUACGUUCUUAAUCCAAGCACUUCGAAGUUGGAUGUAAUUAAUAAGGAAAGUGAAGAAGUCUUGGUGACGUACGAUGUGAGAUCUGACACAGCUGCCAUUGCAGUUGCCGCUGAUGUGGAUGAGUGCUGUCUUGGUGGUUAUUGUCACAUGUAUGCCACGUGUACAAAUGUGCCCCAAAGUUAUGAAUGCAAAUGCAAGACCGGAUUCAGAGGAAAUGAUACGUAUUGUGAAGAUAUCAACGAAUGUGAAAAUACAACUAUAUGUCACACUAAUGCCACGUGUGAUAACAAUCUUGGAUCUUAUACUUGCACCUGUAAUCCCGGUUUAUCUGGAGAUGGUAAAGACACGUGCAUUGUAUUUGAUCCCUGCGACUACGACAAUUGUGACUCAAAUGCUGCGUGUACAGCAAAUGAUGACAAUUCCUUCAACUGUACGUGUAAUCCUGGUUACAGCGGGAAUGGGACAGUUUGUAAAGAUGUUGACGAAUGUAAAGAGGACACGUGGCCUUGCCAUGCCAAUGCCACAUGUGAGAAUGAUAUUGGGAAUUUUACUUGCACUUGUAAAGAUGGGUUUACUGGUAAUGGAACCUAUUGCAAUGACACUAACGAAUGUCAUAAUGCGACAUACCCUUGUCAUGCUGAUGCCGAUUGCGUCAACAUUCCUGGAAAUUAUACGUGCAUGUGUAAGCCAGGUUUCAGCGGUGAUGGACAGGACUGUAUGGCAAUCGACUGUGAUGUGUUAAAUUGUGGUUCAACUGAAAUGUGCGUGUCAAUAAAUGGGAUAUAUCAGUGUGUUUGCAGUCCUGAUUAUAAGGGGGAAAAGUGUGAUGAACUUAUCGUGGGGAAAUGUUAUGCCAGAGGUGAUCCACAUUACACGACAUUUGAUGCUUUGUGGGAGUGGAUUGGUUGCCUGCACUAA